GUCCCUUCACAGAUGUAGUGACUACAAAUCUUAAACUACGAAAUCCAUCAGAUAGAAAAGUAUGUUUCAAAGUGAAGACCACAGCUCCUCGCCGGUACUGCGUGAGGCCAAACAGUGGAAUCAUUGACCCAGGAUCAUCUGUCGUCGUCUCAGUAAUGCUGCAGCCUUUUGACUACGACCCAAAUGAGAAGAGUAAACACAAGUUCAUGGUACAAACAACCUAUGCACCACCAAAUAUUUCAGAUAUGGAGGCAGUGUGGAAAGAAGCAAAACCUGAUGAGUUGAUGGACUCCAAGUUGAGAUGUGUGUUUGAAAUGCCCAACGAAAAUGAUAAACUGAACGACAUAGAUGUGAGCAAACCCUCUCCAGCCCUGAACACAUCCAAGCAGGACGGCCCCAUGCCCAAAUCCCACAGCGUUUCCCUCAACGACACCGAGACGAGGAAGCUCAUGGAGGAGUGCAAAAGACUUCAGGCAGAGAUCAUGAAGCUCACGGAUGAAAACAGGCACCUGAGAGAUGAAGGCUUGAGGCUCAGGAAGGUCACGCACUCGGAUAAAUCCGCAUCCCCCACAGCUCUGGCCCUCAGAGAGAACGGGUCUAAUUCUCUUCCUUCACUUCUUGUUGUAAUUGCAGCCAUUUUCAUCGGAUUCUUUCUAGGGAAAUUCAUCUUGUAGAAAGAAGGAGUGAGAGAAGCAUGCAAAAAAAAAGCAGCUUCUUUGUUUUUGUUUU